GGGAUAUGGGCCAAAUGCAGACAGGUGGGACUAGUGUAGAUGGGGCAUGUUGGUCAGCAUGAGCAGGUUGGGCCAAAGGGCCUGUGUGACUCUAAGUCAAUGACUACAGGACAUCCAGAUGUUGGCCCGUUCUUGUGCCCACUGAUUGGUCCCAUGAGAAGGUUUGGUCAGAGGUGACCCAUGAGAUGUUGAUGGAGAUUGGAAGGUGGGGAAAUAGUUUCCCAGUUCUGCUCUCCAGUGGUGCGGUAACUGUGAUUAGAGGGACACCUCCUUUCCUGCACCAAUCACUUGUUCUGUUGAAACUCCCCACAGAACGUUGCCAGCACCAAGAUGAAUGCGACUGCACCCAGCUACCCCAUGGCCUCUCUCUAUGUCGGAGACCUGCACCAGGAUGUCACGGAAGCCAUGUUGUAUGAGAAGUUCUCUCCCGCUGGGCCCAUCAUGUCUAUCCGUGUGUGCCGUGAUAUGGUCACCCGGCGAUCCCUGGGCUACGCUUACAUCAACUUCCAGCAGCCUGCAGAUGGUGAGUGAGCACAGGCGUGGAGGCAAGUUGCUGGGCUAGCAGCUGGAGGUUUUGGCUACUGAUCCAGAGCCAUGAGUUUGAAUCCCAAAUAGAAACUUAAAUUCAAGUAAUUAAAUGUAGUUAGUGAGAGUUUCACAGAGCUGAACAGCACAGAAACAAGUCAUUCAGCCCACCUCAUCCAUGCUGACCAAGUUGGCAUACUGGGCUAGUCUGAUUUAGCCCAAUUCCCUCUAGACCCUUCCUAUCCACAUAUCUGUCCAAAUAUCUUUUGUAAGCUAAUUUAUCUGAUUCCAUAGGUUCCUCUGGCAGUUCAUUCUGGGUAGAAAAAGUUGCCCUGAGGUCCCUCUGAAAUCUCUCCCCUCUCACCUUAAGCCUAUGGCCUCUAGUUUUAGAAUCUCGGCCUCCUACAUGCCAAAGAAAAAAACUCCCAAACAAUCCUAAAGUUAGGUACAAACACAAUCUUUAAAAUCAAUUUGGACAGAUACAUGGAUAGGAAAGGUUUAGUGGGAUAUGGGUUUGGCAUAGAUGGGCAGCAUGGUUGAGUUGGACUGAGCGGCCUAUUUUGGCGCUGUGUGAUUUUCCAAAUCUACAGUAGGCCUCUGCUAUAAAACGCUGUGAUGGACUGAUGGAUUGCGUUAGUGAAGUGAUGCAUUUUCAGAAUAACUGUUACUCUGUAGGCGCAGUGCUGCCUCGUGGUGCCAGAGAACUGGGUUUGAUCCUAACUGUGGGUGCUGUCUGUAUGGAGUUAGUAACCGCGUGGGUUUCCUCUGUGUGCUCCGGUUUCCUCCCACAUUCUAAGUACGUGCAGGUUUGUAGGUUAAUUGGCUUUGGUCAAUUUGUCCCAGGUGUGUAGGAUAGACUUUGAUCGCUGGUCAGUGAGGAAUGGGUGGGCCGUAGUGCCUGUUUCCACGCUGUAUCUCUAAACCAAAUUAUGUAACUCUGCAGGGACAGUAACUCUCCUCUCUCCGUCCCCAGCCGAACGUGCCCUGGACACCAUGAAUUUCGAGGUGAUCAAAGGCCGGCCUGUCCGCAUCAUGUGGUCCCAGCGUGACCCCUCCCUGCGCAAGUCUGGUGUGGGCAACAUCUUCAUCAAAAACCUGGACGAGUCCAUUGACAACAAGGCCUUGUAUGACACCUUCUCCGCCUUUGGAAACAUCCUGUCCUGCAAGGUAGUCGGUGAUGAGAGUGGAUCAAAAGGAUACGGCUUUGUUCAUUUUGAGACGCAAGAAGCUGCCAGCCGAGCGAUUAAUACCAUGAACGGGAUGUUGCUCAAUGACCGGAAAGUGUUUGUCGGACACUUCAAAUCCCACAAGGAGCGGGAAGCAGAGUUUGGUAGCAAGGCUUUGGAGUACACCAACAUCUACAUCAAGAACUUUGGCGAGGACAUGAGCAGCGGCAGACUACGGGAGAUCUUCAAUGUCUUUGGAAAGACGCUGAGUGUCCGGGUGAUGACGGACCAACACGGACGUUGCAGGGGCUUUGGCUUCGUCAACUUCGAGAAGCAUGAAGAUGCCCUCAAGGCCGUGGCCAAGAUGAAUGGCAAGGAAAUCAACAGCCGGGCGGUGUAUGUCGGCCGGGCCCAGAAGAAGGCGGAGCGUCAGAGUGAGUUGCGUCGCAAGUUUGAUCUGAUAAAACAGGAGCGGAACAGUCGCUAUCAGGGAGUGAACCUCUACGUGAAAAAUCUAGACGAUGGGAUCGAUGAUGAAUGUCUGAGGAAGGAGUUCUCCCCGUAUGGAACUAUAACCAGUGCAAAGGUGAUGACGGACGGAACUCGCAGCAAAGGCUUUGGUUUUGUCUGCUUCUCCUCGCCAGAGGAGGCCACCAAGGCUGUGACGGAGAUGAAUGGGCGCAUCGUCAGCACCAAGCCCCUAUACGUGGCCCUGGCCCAACGCAAGGAGGAACGCAAGGUCCACCUCACCAACCAGUACAUACAGCGCCUGGCCAAUGUCAGGGCGCUGCCUAGCCCGCUGGUCGGAUCCUUCCAACACCUGCCCCCUUCUGGAUACUUCAUGCCCAAUCUACCCCAGGUUCAGAACCGGACUGCAUAUUACGCUGCCUCUCCGGUGACUCCCAUCCGCCCAUCCCAGCGUUGGACUGCGCACCCUAUCCGCCCUCCUACCCCCUACCACAGCGUGGUCCCCACCAACCGAGGAGGAGCUCCCCGGAGAGGGGUCACCAGCAUCAGCACAAUGAGACAGGCUUCCACCCAGGUUCCCCAGCUGCCCCCCAAUGCCCAGAGAGUCGCCACAAUCGGAACACAGACCGUCGGUCCACGUACAGUGCUGUCCGGACCAAUGGUGCGGGUCCUUCCACAGUAUAAAUACACCCCGGGAGUGUGUCACACUCGGCACCCGCCCAGCCCACAGCAGGUGCCCCAGCCUGUGCCACGUGUCCAUGGUCAGAUGCCACUCACGACCUCCAUGCUGGCUGCUGCCCUCCCCCUCGAACAGAAGCAGAUGCUGGGUGAGCGUCUCUUUCCGCUGAUCCACAGUCUGCACCCGACCCUCGCCGGCAAAAUCACCGGGAUGUUGCUGGAGAUCGACAACUCCGAGCUGCUGCACAUGUUGGAGUCUCAGGAGAUCCUCUGCUCCAAGGUGGAGGAGGCGGUGGCUGUGCUUCAGGCUCAUCAGGCUAAAGACGAUGUGCAGAGGAAAGGAGCCGUGGUCUGACCAGGAGAGGCCACGUCUGCAGGAUUGGAAAAACUCCAGGAAACCCUCUUUGUGAAGAGAAGACUUUUGGAAAAACAAUUGAAUAAAUUGUUCAUGUUGUUGAGGUUUCAAUGGGGAGAGAAUUGAUCAAAGAGUCUGGGAGAUAAAGGUCAAACAGAGAUUGUGUUGAUUGUCCUAAAUGUAUGUCCUACUUACACCUUUAUUAAACUACACUGAAACUGGAUCUAAAGUGCUUUGGUUCUCUUCUUUUCUCGUGUAUGGAAUUUAGAGAAAUCGAAACAGAAAAUGCAUGUUGGUUCUGGAAAGUCUCCAUAUAAAAUAAUAUCCUGCAGAAGCAGUUCAGUGUCUCCCUUUAGGAAGGGUUGGGGAAACAUGUUUGAAGUUUAUUGUGAUUCAAAUUUAAACUUUUUGCUUUAAUGUCCACUUACCUUUUCACCCUAGGAAAUGCUUAGUUAUAGCUUUUUUCGACAAUUAAACCAAGAUUUGUGGCUUCAUCAAGUGUAUCCUUCGACAUCUUGGAAAGCUAGGGAAGAAAUUUCAGAGACCCUAGCAGAGAUAUUUGCAUUAUCAUUAGCCAUAGGUGAGGCAGCAGAAGACUGGAGGGUGGCUGAUGUAUUUAUUUAAAAGGGCUGCAAGGAUGAGCUAUGGAAGUACAGAUUGGUGAGCCUAACAAGGGUAGGAAAAUUACCGCAGGGGAUUCCGAGGUACAGCAUCUUCCCAGCCAACAAUGGACUCCAUCCUUCCUGAGAUCAUCUGUUGCUGGCCCGUUUUGUUCUGGCCUUCUCUGUCUUUCAAUCUGAAGAAGGGUUCCGACCUGAUACAUCACCUAUUCCUUCUCUCCAGAGAUGCUGAGUUACUCCAGCACUCUGUCUAUCUUCGGACAGGAUCUACCAGCGUUUGGAAGGAUGUCUAAUUGCAGAUGGUUAGUGUGGCUUUGAACAUGGGAAAUAGUUUCAUGAAUUUGAGUUAUUUGAUGGUAGGGCAAUAGACAGACGGUGUCUGCACUUACUUCAGUAAGAUCGUUCACAAGGUCCAUUGUGGUGAGCUAGUCUGCAAGGUGAGAUCAUGAAAGCCAAGGUGAGUGUUUGAUGGCUCUGGGUCUGUAAUCGCUGGAGUUUAAAAGGAUGUGUUGGGGUCUCGUAGAAACUUACUGAAUAAUGAAAGGCCUGGAUAGAAUGGAUGUGGAGAGGAUGUUUCCACUAAUGGGAGAGUCUAGGACCAGGGGGCACAGCAAGAAUACAAGGACAUACCUUUAGAAAAGAGACGAGGAGGAAUUUAUUUUGCCAAAGGUUGAUAAAUCCGUCAAAUUGCCACAAGCAGCUGUGGAGGCUGUCAUUUUUAAAGCGGAUAUUGAUAGAUUCUUGAUUAGUGAGGGUGUCAAAGAAUACGGGGAGAAUGCGGUUGAGAAGGAAAGAUGGAUCGGCCGUGAUUGAAUGGUGGAGUAGAUUCAAUGGGCUGAAUGGCCUAAGUCUGUUUCUAUGGCUUAUGUACUUAUGAACUGGGUACUAAAUUGACAUCAUGGAAACAGUCGGAGGUUGAUGGUGGAUGCUUAUGACAGUGGUGAGCUGCGGGUUUUGGUCCACUGUUGUUUGUCAUCAUGUUUAUUAAUAUAGAUGACUAUCUUAACAUAAUUAGUUCGACAGUGGAUAACAUUUUGUUGACGCAGUGGACAGUGAAGGUUAAGUAACACUACUAGAAUCCAGGGAAAUAAGCCAAGAAAAGACAGAUGAACGGGCCCAACGGGUACACACCUGGUAAUUCUCUAAAUCUCUAAUCUAAUCUAAAAGUGGUGACGGCUAGAUAGGGUGGUGAAGAAGGGAUUUGGCAGUUUGUUUCAGUGGUCAGGAAAUUGAGCACAGGAAUUGCAGUCUGAAGAAGGGUCCUGACCCGAUACGUCACCUAUCCUUUAAUUCAAGGUAUACGUGACUGGCUGAGUUACUCCAGCGCUUGUCUACCUUUGGUAUAAACCAGUAUCUGCAGUUGUUAGUUUCUACAGAAAUUGGAAUGUCCUGUUGCAACUGUGCAGGUUGUUGGAGAGAUCACCCUGCUCUAGGAAGGAUGCCAUCAAUCUAGAAAGGGGCACAGAUUUACAAGGAUGUUGCCUGGACUCGAGGGCCUGAGCUAUAGGGAGACGUUGGGCAGGCUAGGACUUUAUUCCUUGGAGCACAGAAGGCUGAUCUUAGAGAUGUGUGACAUAAUGAGGUACAUAAGGUAAGUCAUCUUCCCUGUCUAGGGAAAAUUGUGAACUAGAGGGUGUAGGUUUAAGGUGAGAAAGGUUUAAUAGGAACCCGAGGGACAACAUUUUCACAGAUGAUGGUGGGUACAUGGAAUGGACUGCUAGAGGAAGUAGUUGUGGCAGGUACAAUAAUAUUUAAAAUACAUUUGGUCAGGAACAUGGAUAGAAAAGGUUUAGAGGGAUAUAUGGGCCAAAUACAGGCAGAUGGGGCAUCUUGGUUGGCAUGAAUGAGUUAGGCCACAUGGUCUGUUUCUGUGUUGAGAUUAAUUACCACCAUGGUGGUUUCACCUUCCCCAAGAUGGGCAAGACCUCCACUUCAAUAAUGAAAAGACAUCCCUUGUCAUUUAUUAACAGUUUAAUACCUGAGUUUGAGAUUUACAGUGCAAUACAAGAUCCAAACCACACCAUUGAAUGCCUGAGAUAUCUGGAACCAUGCUUGAGGCAGGAAGGUUAUUAACAGUUCAAUCUGCAAUAAACAUGACUUCACCAAAGAGACAGUCUGAUUUCUGAUGGUAAACACAAAUCUUGACCUCGGCUAAAAACUUCUUCCCUACUUUAAAUGCAAGGGGUCACAGCCGUCUCUACCC